AUGUCCUAUCUUCAAGUUGAAUGGGUACCUGGCCCUUGGGUAUAUGGAAUUAGCCCAACCAAGUAUAAUUAUUAUAUUAGAUCACAGCCAGAGCCAUUGACCAAAGAGGAAGCAAUUAAGAGUUAUUGGACGGAGAUACAUCGUAUACUUGAUGUACAAUUUAAAAAUGAAGUAACCUUACGUGAACAACUUGUGAACAAGCAUAAAAAUUUGGGUAAAGGCGUACCGGUACAAGCCUAUGUUAAGUGGAGAGGUCUUAAUUAUGCAGAUG